UUCGUUGCCACCAUAGAUCCUGAAUUCUCUUUAACCUAUUAUAUAGAAAAAUUAGAAGGUUACAAGACAUAUUUAUGGAUGUUUCAAACUUAGCAAGGAUUUCCGAGUGUUUGUCAUCCCAGUUGGCAGGCGCACCCAAGCUGUUUUACUGCUCGAGCUGUGGGCGUGGCUAUAAACGGAAGUACCACCUGACCGGUCACCAGCGCUACGAGUGCGGCAAAGAACCACAGUUCGAGUGUCCCCACUGUCCCUACCGGUGCAAACAGAGAGGCAACCUUCGCCGACACUUGUCCCUGCGGCACUCGCAGGUCACCAGUUGAUCGCUGCUGAAUUAUGUGUCAUUGAUGUUUCUUAAAUAUAUGGAACUGAUUACAAUGCAUUUGUA